UCGCCCAGGCGCCUGGGCCUGGUUACCGUCCUCUUCCCCCACCCUUGCCGUCUGCGUUGUGGGGAACAAGGGAUUGGACACUCAAGGCAACACAUUUCAAUAAAGCUAUCGCAAUUUUAUACUGAAAAAGGUUUAAAUUACAUAUUACGUUUAGUUAUCACUAGCCAGGAAUAUGAUUAGGAGAUCAAUCAGAGUUCGGUAUCAAACUGUAAUUGCAUGCCAUGUUACGCUUGUUCGAUACAGUACUGCGAUGCACGGGCGUGGAUACCGAAUGGGCGGUGAAGCGAUCGACCUCCUGGGUAUAAAAGCGCAUACCUGUGUCCAGGACACCGACAUUGACCAUCAGACGGCCGACCUUAGCGCACAGCACCUGCGAUCGUCUUUCGCUACUGAACCAUCAUAACUAUUGAGCUAUCAAAACACUGCAUUAAACAGCUCUGCACUCACAGCAACAGUCAGCCUAAGCAAUGGAGAUCUCGCUGUCUGGGAAGCGCGUUCUGAUCACCGGCGCCGGCCGAGGGAUCGGCCGAGCCUUGGCGAUCCGUGUGGUCGCCUGCGGGGGUCACGUUAUCGCCCUGUCCCGGACCGAAGAACACCUGGACACCCUGAAAGAUGAGUGCCCCUCGGUGGAGACGGUAACCUGUGACCUCAGUGACUGGGAGGCGACGCGCGAAGCGGUCGAGGCUAUCGAGCCCGUGGACUGUCUCGUCAACAACGCGGGCAUUCUUAUCCUGGAGCCCUUUCUGGAGGCUACAAAGGAAGCUCUGGACACCAUGUUUGACGUGAACGUGAAAGGGGCCUUCAACGUUGCACAGGUGAUCGCUCGAGGAAUGGUUGAGCGUGGCCAGGGAGGCGUCAUCAUCAACAUGUCUUCUGAGCUGGGACUAAGGACAGUUCAGGGCGGCUCUCUCUACUGCGCCUCGAAGGCGGCGCUGGACCACCUGACGCGCGUCAUGACGCUCGAGCUGGGACCCAAGGGGAUCCGCGUCAACUGCGUCAACCCGACAGUGGUGGAGACGGACAUGACGAAGUCCGUGCGGGAAGACCAGGCCAUGGCCGACUGGAUCCUCACCCGGAUUCCGAUGGGUCGGUUCGCCACCACAGAAGACGUGGUGAGCGCCACAAUGUUCCUGCUCAGCGACCACGCCGCCCUAAUCACUGGCGCCUCACUGCCCGUGGACGGAGGCGCCCUGGCGCGCUGAGAAGAGAUGCAGAGGAAACUAAUCGAGAAGAGCUUCUGCGCCGGCUGAGCAAAGGUGGAUGGGAGGGACACUGGAUUCAGUUCAGAGGAGCUAACGCAAGCUGAGCCGAGGAGUAGUCACCCAUCAUGACGGCUGAGGAUGAUGGCUAGCGUUGUAAAAAUAUAAUUGUGUUCUACAAACAUUCAUGCUUUGCCCUUUCAGUUCCCAGUGAACGUGGUAGAAAUGAUGAUUUGAGACAUGUUUGUGUUAUCUAUAGCACGUAGACUUUUACAUGUCACUAAAGGACCCGCACUUACCCAUCUGCUCGUCCUUAGUCCAAGUGAAAAAAUUACGUGUGUCAGAAUGGUGCCUGUUACUGGAAUUCUAUAAAUAAAAAAAAAUGUAAUACGCUCGCAAGCAUCGACUGGCGACCGCCCUUUCCCCAGCCCGCCCCCCCCCCCCCUGGCUGUAGCUGUGGCGGCCUGCGCCGUGUAUUCACCCGGUCUGGUGCACACAACAUUCCUGUGGCAUGUCCUUUUUUGUGAAAAAGUGGAAAUAUACAAUAUACAUGCUCC